CGAGGUCGAGCUGUGGGAUGGGAGGUCACCGAGUUCAAAUGACCGAGGGACGCAGGAUGGAGGCCAGCAGGUGGAUCAUCUCUGGAUUUAUGCGCAUUGAGAAAGGACGUGUGGACCCGAGCACCACCCCAGGGGAACCUCUGGGCGGUGACUAUGCCCUUCAGCUACCGGAAAUACAAGCAGUACAAUUGCACACUCGACUCAGGCCCACCUCAACCUCUGAACAUAUCAAAAGGACACCCCCAAUAUUACGGAUUUUGUGCACGUUAAACCUCGGAGAAUGUUGGCGAUGAACACUUAUGCCUACUAGGCUACUGUAUGAGAGCCACUGUACUAUUACAAUGAAUGAAAUCACUACUUGAUAAGAAGAAAUGAAUUUAUUUGAUUAAUUAAAAAAAAAAAAAAAAGUUCGAACGUGCCUGGGAAAAUGGACUGUACGUGAUGGCGUCACACGCUGCGUUGGCUCGCAAAAAAAAAAAAAAAAAAAAAAAAAAACUUUUUCGGGCCGCCCCCCCCCCCUUCCUUCCCCCGGUGUGUUUUUGUUGGGGGGGCGGCGGGGGUAAGUUGGUCCGAGUUUGGUUCGCGUAAAUGUGGCCUUUCCUUCGCGAUUGUAGUUAAAAUGUGAGUGUGGCUCUUUAUCUUAGCCGAAAGAGCGACGGGCCGUUUGUUUUUUUUUUUGUUUUUUUUGACGAGGUGGGCUUCGAGCGAAGGCAGGGGGAAGGAAAAAAAGAAAAAAAAAAACGAAAUCUCAGAGGCCACCGACCAUCGUUUCACCUCUGCCGUCUCGUUAGCCGCCUAGCCUGCUAGCUGACUCCACUUUUGUCGGCUUCGGCGAGGACCAACAACAACAAGAAGAAGAAAAACAGCCGCGGACAUGGCGGAAACCAAAAUAAUCUAUCACAUCGAUGAAGAGGAGACGCCGUAUUUGGUGAAGAUACCCAUCGGCGCCGAAAGUAUCACUCUGCUGGAUUUCAAGCAAGUCUUGAACAAGCCCAACUACAAGUUCUUCUUCAAAUCUAUGGACCAAGACUUUGGGGUCGUGAAGGAAGAGAUUUCGGAUGACGGCGCCAAAUUGCCGUGCUUCAAUGGUCGUGUGGUGUCCUGGCUGGUGUCUUCUGAUGCUCCAGCGCCAGAGCCUGCCGCCCCAGCGGCGCUCCCCCCCGCGGAGACGUCCGCCCAGCCUUCGCCCCCUCCGCCGCCCCUGCCGCCCCCGCCUGCAGAGAGGACCGGCGGCAUUGGAGACUCCAGACCGCCCUCCUUCCAUCCCAACGCGACGGGCAGCGUGGAGACUUUGGACGAGCAGACCGAAACGGAGUCUGUUGUUUCCUUCAGGAGAGAGAGACCUCGGCACAGGGAGAGCGCGGAGCAGCACGGGCCUCGCAUGAACGGCCAGAGUCGCCUGGAGCGGCACUUGGCAGGCUACGAGAGCUCCAGCACGAUGAUGAGCAGCGAGCUGGAAACCACCAGCUUCUGCGACUCCGAGGACGACGACACCAUGAGCAGGUUCAGCAGCGCGACAGAACAGAGCACGGCCUCGAGACUCUUGAAACGGCAUCGACGACGCAGGAAACAGCGCCCGCCUCGCUUGGAGAGGGCUUCUUCCUUCAGCAGUGUGACAGAUUCCACAAUGUCCUUGAACAUCAUCACUGUCACCCUGAACAUGGAGAAGUACAACUUCCUGGGCAUCAGCAUUGUGGGCCAAAGCAACGAAAGGGGCGACGGCGGCAUCUACAUCGGCUCCAUCAUGAAGGGCGGCGCCGUGGCCGCGGACGGACGCAUCGAACCUGGUGACAUGCUGUUGCAGGUCAACGACAUCAACUUUGAGAAUAUGAGCAACGACGACGCCGUGCGAGUGCUGAGGGAGAUUGUGCACAAGCCGGGGCCCAUCAUCCUCACUGUGGCCAAGUGCUGGGACCCCUCCCCGCAAGGUUACUUCACUCUGCCGCGGAACGAACCCAUCCGGCCAAUUGACCCAGCAGCAUGGGUCAGCCACUCGGUAGCCAUGACUGGCGCCUACCCGGCCUUCCCGGGCAGCUCGUCCCUCAGCACCAUCACCUCCUCCUCCUCCGUCACAGAGACCGAGCGAUUCGACGACUUCAAUUUGUCGCUGCACUCUGACAUGGCGUCCGUCGCCAAGGCCAUGGCCUCGCCGGAGUCGGGGCUGGAAGUACGGGACCGCAUGUGGCUCAAAAUCACCAUCCCCAACGCGUUCCUCGGCUCGGACGUGGUGGAGUGGCUCUUCCACCACAUCGAGGGAUUCCAGGACCGCCGUGAAGCCAGGAAGUAUGCCAGCAAUCUGCUGAAGGCCGGCUUCAUUCGUCACACGGUCAACAAGAUCACCUUCUCGGAACAAUGCUAUUAUGUCUUCGGGGACUUAAGUGACUGUGAGAAUUAUAUGGCCAACCUGUCCCUGAACGACAACGACGGCUCCAGCGGGGCGUCAGACCAGGACACCUUGGCGCCGCUGCCCCUGCCCGGGGCGUCGCCGUGGCCCAUGAUGCACACGUUCCCCUAUCAGCCCUACGCCGCCCACCCUUACUCCAGCCAGCCGCCCCCGUACCACGAGCUCACCAGCUACAGCUACACCCCCGGAAGCACCGGCAGCCAGCACAGCGAAGGGAGCCGAAGCAGCGGCUCGACGCGGAGCGAAGGCGAGCGGCGGCGCGGCGGAAAAGGGUCCGGCAGCACGGUGGGCGGCGGGGAGAAGUCUCCGUGCGGGGGAGACGGCGGCGGGGGCGACUCGCGCUCCGGCAGCGGCAGCGAAUCGGAAUACUCCACCCGCAGCAGCUUGAGGCGGGGCCACGGCUCGGCCGCUCCCAGCGAGCACAGCCACGCCUCGUCCCAGCGCUCGCAUCAUCACCGCAUGCCGCAGCCCCCCCACAUGUCGCCCUACCCCCCGGGCAUACUGCCUUACAACCCCAUGAUGGUGAUGAUGGUACCCCAGCACCCGCACCCGGCCAUGGCGGGCGCUCACGCCCUUCCGCACGCCCAGCAGCUCCCCGCGGCCCCCGCCCACCCGACUCUGCCGCCGCCCCUCUCUUCGGCUUCCGCCGGACCCCCCGGCGCGCCGCCCACCCGCGACUUGGGCUCCGUGCCCCCCGAGCUGACCGCGUCCCGCCAGUCCUUCCACCUGGCCAUGGGCAACCCCAGCGAGUUCUUCGUGGACGUCAUGUAGUCGUCACGGCGACGGCAGACCGCCCGCGCGACGCUCCCGCUGGUUUUGGCGCUCGUUCGUUGGGCUCCUCGCGAGGGCCGAUUGGAUCGAGGGCACUUGUAAUGAAUUUGGUGAGAACAGGGUUACGUAUUGACAAAAUAAGAUGUUCAACCAGUGAAUGUGCAAGUUAAGAUAGUAGUCUCAUCUGAUUCAGUCCGACUCCAGUUCUGGAACGUAUCAACCUUAGCGCGCCUUUUCGGGACGUUGCUCAAUGCCUCUUUGUCCCGUCGUUUUUCAAACACCAAGGCAAUCCAGAACGUGCGCAAAUCUCUUGAACACUAAAGGUUACAAAGUUCCGCACGAAGGAUCAGAUCCUUUCGGGACGCCGUUUUUGAGUGCCGUACUUGGUGCGUUGGUAUGAACGCUCCAGGCGGGUACGUGGCGUCACUCUUCGAAAGAUUGGUUUUUAUACGGCAUUGUUUGACAAUGAAACGCGUACGCGUCUUCCUCCGUUUCAACACGCGACACCGAGCUCUAGCGCAAAAGGUAAAAAAAAAAAAUACAAAAAAUAGCUCGGCAACUUUUGUGUUGUUGUCA